AUGUCUGAUAUUUUGAAAAUUGGUACACUAUUUCCUGUAUUUAAGAAUAAGGGUGAUGCAAGAUAUGCGAAAAAUUAUAGAGGAAUAACAGUCACACCUAUUUACUCCAAAAUCAUUGAAAAGAUAAUUGAAUUACGGGAAAACCCUAUAAUCCUGGAGAAACAAAAUCCAUUACAAAGAGGAUUUACUGAGAACACCACCCCUCUGUUAUGUGAAUUAAUUAUUGAAAAGUUUGAGCGUAAAAGUAAAGAUCUCAAAUUACCAACAUAUAUAGCUUUACUUGAUGGUAAAUCAGCAUUUGAUGUGGUUGUACAUUCAAAUCUUAUAAGGAGAUUAUAUCAAACAGGAAUCUCUGAUCAAUCCAUAAUAUUGAUAGACAGUCUAUACAAAAAUGCAACAUCUUGUAUAAAAUGGGGAAAUAAAACUUCAGCAAUAUUGGAAAUAGAACAGGGCGUACGUCAAGGCGGUGCCAUUAGUGCUGAUCUGUACAAGUUGCAUGUCAACCCUCUACUAAACCUCUUAUGUGACACAGGAAUAGGUGGACACAUAGGCAAUUUUAGCUGCUGUUCUCCAACAUGUGCUGAUGACGUUGCUAUCAUAGCAAACAAUCCAAUAGAACUUCAGACGCUAGUAAAUAUUGCUGUCAAUUUUAGUAGGAGAGAGGAUACACUUUACAACCAACAAAAAGUGUAA